AUGUUAAGAAGACAGGCACGUGAAAGAAGAGAGUAUCUAUACCGCAAGGCGCAACAGCUGCAAGAUGCACAGUUGGCGGAGAAGAGACAGCUCAUAAAACAGUCGUUGGCCCAAGGUAAACCGUUACCAAAGGAAAUUGCUGAAGAUGAUAAACUACAAGCGGAUUUCCGUUUUGACCAGACUACAGAAGAGGAUGAAGAAAUAGAUAAUGAAUACUCCCAUACUAGUGGGUUGGUAGACCCAAGAAUCGUGAUAACGACGUCUCGUGACCCAAGUACAAGGUUGUCACAAUUUGCUAAAGAAAUUAAAUUAAUGUUUCCCGAGGCAACUAGAUUAAAUAGAGGUAAUUUGAUCAUGUCAAACUUGGUUAGUGCUGCUAUUAAAUCUGGUACUUCAGAUAUUGUACUUUUGCAUGAACAUCGUGGUGUUCCAACAAGUCUUACAGUUUCACAUUUACCACAUGGUCCCACAGCAUUUUUCAGUCUGCAUAACGUAGUCCUCAGACACGAUAUUCUCAAUAGCGGCAACGUCAGUGAAGUCAAUCCUCAUUUAAUAUUCGACGGUUUUACGACAAAAUUAGGUGAAAGAGUUGUUUCUAUAUUGAAGCAUCUUUUUGCACCAGGUCCAAAAAAGGACAGUGAGAGAGUCAUGACGUUUGCAAAUAGAGGUGAUUUUAUCAGUGUGAGACAACAUGUUUACGUCAGAACAAGAGAUGGUGUGGAAUUAGCAGAAGUUGGUCCUAGAUUCGAAAUGAAAUUAUUUGAGUUAAGGUUGGGUACAUUGGACAAUAAAGAUGCAGACAUUGAAUGGCAAUUAAGACGGUUUGUUAGAACUGCUAACAGAAAAGAUUAUCUGUAA